AUGGGGGUUAAAAUAAGAGUAGGCUCCUGGAACGUGUACAAUGAUAAUAUAUGGCACUCCGUUCGCGAAGCGACAGGGAGUAUAACUCCUAAGUGUUUUCAGAAUGGUUCCCGACUGAGGUUUCUGAGGGAAAGGUUUUCGUGCACCCCCUUCGACAUCAUGUGCCUGCAGGAGGUAUCCCCAGUAAUGAUCUCAAGUCUGCAAAAAGAAUUUGCUCAUAACAACUUUACCUUGGUAGCGCCCCCGCAAAGUACCCUCACACCCAACAGCAACAACUGCUGCGUCUUAUUCGAUAAAAAAUUCAAACUGGUUGCCAAAAAAUACUUUAAUCUCAGCGAGGCCGUGUCAACCCAUCUGGUGGGUUACGCUCACCAGGGGAAAAGUGACAUCGAAGAUGCAUUCAUCAAGGAGCUCCGAGUGAGGAACAGUAUGGCCACGAUGCUUAUCCUGGAGCUUCCCCAAACAAAAAUCCUUUUAACUGUUUGUAACUGUCACCUACACUGGAACCCAGCAUAUGCCGACGUGAAGGUGUUCCACGCUUUCCUCAUUGUUAAGGAGCUUUUCCAGUUUGUGCGUUCUGCUCUGGAGUCUUUUCCCUUUGUCCCUCUGCUGCUGGUGGGGGAUUUCAACUCCACCCCCGGUUUGAAUACUCAAGGAACCCCCUCGGACGGCCAACUCAGCGGAGUAUACGAGCUUCUAACCACGGGAAGACUGUCCAUGAAGCAUCCCCACCAUCCGGCGCAGCUUCGGAAAGAUGAAGCCUUCCUAAAGUACCCAGAACUCCGCGUAGAUCCGUUCCAAAGUGCCUUUAAGGAGGUCAACGGAGCCGAACCCGCAUUCACGAACAAAACGACAACGUUCUCUGGGUGUAUAGAUUUUAUUUUUUUUAAAGGGCUUAUCCCCCUGUCGGCCCAAACUGUUCCUGGAGACCUGGGAAAAAGUGAAGUAUUCCCCAAUGGGAAAAUACCCUCGGAUCAUCUCCUCCUGGUGUCUGAAUUUUUCCUCGUUUAA